CACAAAGCCCCCUGGGAGGGAGCAGCUUUGUCCCCAGAGGCGAGGAUUCUGGGAGCUCCCUGGGCUGGAGCUGGGCUUAGGUGCGCCCCGGAGGCUUGGAGAGACGACAGCUCUUUUCAUCAUGUGCGAGGAGGUACAGGCGACCGUGCAGAAACACACGCAGGGCCUGCGACACAGCAAGGAGGAGCUGAACAGGCUUAACCAGGCCAUCCAGCGGCUGACUGCGGAGGUGAACAGUGCUAAGAGUCAGCCCUGUGAACUAGACAGAGCCAGGGAGCCACGAGCUCUGCAGGAGGAGGGUGCCUCAGAUAGUGCCCAGGGCAAGCUGGCCUGGCUGGAGGCCGCCCUGCAGCGAGCCAAGCAGGACAUGGCCCGGCAGCUGCGGGAGUACCAGGAGCUCAUGAUCGUGAAGCUGGGCCUGGACUUCGAGAUCGCCACCUACCGCAAGCUGCUGGAGGACGAGGAGAGCAGGCUUGGUCUGGGAUUUGGGGCAGGAAGCUUCACCCUGGGCAGCGGGCUGGGCUCAGCCUCUGGCCCGGCGAACCUGCUGCCUCCCCGAGCGGGCUCCGGCGCCCUGGACACGAGCGCCCCUGGCGGCGGCUGCGCGCUCUGCGGCUCCCCCGGAUGCUUCGGGGGCUUUGGCUGCGGCGGUGCCCGCAGAUGUUGAACCUUCCUGCCAUGCUCUGGAGAAAAAGAACCCUAGCUUCUGCCCCAAGGACUUGACCCUCUGUCUCAGACGCCCCCUCCCACGGAGCUAGCCGUCACCUCAUCUGUCCCUCUUGCCUGCCCCCACCCCGGAGCGUAAAGUCUUGGAAUCUAGUUUACCGGACGGUGACUGCCCGGUUUCCAGGGUGAAGAUAGCCCGGAUGCUGAGCCACUGAGGAGGCCGUGUGGCUUACCUGGACCCAGCACCCUGUCCCUCUGACCUGCCCCCACCCCUUCACUCUUAUUUUCCUAGGACUCCUCCUUUGCAAUAAAAGUUCUUCAGUGGACUGAG